CGAUGUCGAGAAUGGUCAAAGUCGCGAUAAUAGGCAGUGGCGUAGUUGGUCUUACUGCUGCCUGCCUUCUAAACAAGCACUCAGGACGAAGAUCCGUGCUUCGAUGUUUAUUUGUUCACAACGGCCUGUACCAGGACCGCAUGGCAUGUACAUGAAAAUCUUAUCGUUAUGCUCCAGACGUUGACCUUUAGGAUGGUCAGUUCAUUCACAUCUUACUUACCUGUAUCAGGUCGGGACCAAAACUGGAAAGUGGGUAUUCCGAUGCACUCUUUUCAAGGAGGAUACUACAAGCGGCUAAUAGCGUUCUGCAAUCACCUUAGGGUCAAGUUCGCAUCACGAGAUUUUUCUUACCCUUUUUUUCUCCUUUCCAUGUCUGAAAAGGGCCGUCAACUAACAACAGAACUGAUAUACCAUGGCGUUUCGGGGUUCGGCUAGCAAAGCAGACCUGGUGUUAACACUACGGGCAGCCUUGAAAGCUUGGACGAUCGGGUUCUUUGUCAUUUGGUCCAUUCAUAUUCUUCUAUCUGAA